AUGCCUACUGUGAAGUAUUUCGGAAGGCCCACUCAGCAGCAAGGGAAGUAUCUGUGGGAUUUGCUGGGAAACCUCAAGAACUUCGGCGUCGGUCGAAUCUUCGUGCGUCAAAUGGAAGUUGCUGAACAUCCCGGGGAAAUGAGCUUUUACAAAGUGGUGUCUGUGAAGCCUGCCAUGGAUGAAAAACAUGUGAAAGAAGAAGUGCUUUGCGAGAGAGUUUUCCGUGGAGUGAAGAUGGAACGCGGCCGACCAGUUGUCGUGAAUCCUAAAAUUCAAGAUUGGCAGUUGGUACCGAAGUCAAUGGAGAAGCUUUACGUGGACUUCAAAGCAGUCGAUCCCACCAUAAAGAAACUGCCUUCUCUUUUGAACGUUCCGCCACUUAUGAAGGAAAUUCUUGCCGGUAACAAGGGAAAUGCUGACACCGUCAAAGUUCCGUACAAGUACGACGAGGAACUGAAAAACGCUGUUGUUGCAUCGGAAGGAGAGAAACCCGAUGUAACUUUUGAUGACAGUGCUCCACGAUUACACACGACUAGUAGAGCAUUGUAUGAAAAUCUUGAAGAAUUUGAAAAAGUGUUGGCGGAAAUACCUGAAGAUACCAAAGAAGAGAUGAUCAUGGGACGAAAGCUGUUCCGGGAAUUUCUAGAUAAAGUUGAAGGUCAUGCAACGCAUGAAAUUCCGAAGAAAUAAUUUACAGUACUUCGUAUUUGUUAGUCAAAGUUAUGUGAUUGUCGCAUAAAAUUGUUACUUGAUCUGAUCACGGUAUUUUUCGUUUUUAUUGUCUGCAUUUAUGAUCCGAAGAAGAAUAAGACAAUUGGAUCGUACGUUUUUUCGGAAGAAAAGAGGGGGGGAGCUUCGUGGAUCCAACAAAAAUUUUUCUUCUUGCCAAGUUGUUAAGAAUGUGUAUCAAUAUCUAGAAUUUUGUGUCUGGGAAGUUUCACGUUCAAGAUUUGUCUUCGUGGACAACCCCGAGAUGGACAACUCGUCUUGCACACCAGUCGAUCUUUUGAAAAAAAUCCACGCUUUCACCGUUCCCGCUUUCAAAUUUGCCGAGAUCGAACGGAAUAUUUCAUUAUCUCAUAGUCAGAAUUAUCACCGGAGCGAUUUCGAAUUUUUUUCGCAGUACCUUUUGUUUAUCAUGAAUCUCUUGAGGGCUUCUAUGCAAUGAAACGUUUAACAAAAG